AUGAGGUUCAGCCUUCACUCGUCCAGCACUGUGCUCAGCUCCCAGUUCCCGCUCCCCUCCUACUCCUCUUCCUCCUGCUGCUCCUGCUCCUGCUAUUUGAGGGUUGUGCUGCUUGGAGGGAAGCUAUCUGGCAAGAGUUCUGUGAUCAACACUGUGUGUGGAGAAAACAUCAUCAAUACUUACAGCAGAACUGGCCAAUGCCGUAAAUAUCAAACGACAGUGAAUGGAAAAGAGAUCACUUUGGUUGACACUCCUGGCUGGUGGAAACAUUCCCUUUUAAAAGAGACUGCUGAAUGUCUCAAACAGGAACUUGUCCACAGUGUCACUCUAUGUCCUCCAGGACCACAUGCUCUCCUGCUUGUCAUUGAGUUAGACAUGCCUUUCACAGAGAAACACAGGAAAUCAAUGGAGGAGCAUCUACAGCUCCUGGGUGGUGGGGUCUGGGCAUAUACCAUGAUAUUGUUCACCAGAAAAAGCUAUUUAAGAUACAGAAACAUCGAAGAACACAUAGAAAAUGAAGGGGAAGCACUUCAGUGGCUCAUACAGAAAUGUGAGGGCAGGUAUCAUGUCUUUGAAAAUGAGAACCAAAACAAUGACACCCAGGUCACAGAACUACUGGAGAAGAUACAAGGAGUAAGAGCCCAAAACAGUGGAGGCUGUUUUCAGAUUGAUCAGAACAUUCUGGAGACAGCUGAAGGAAAGAGGGAAAUUGCUGUGGAAAAAUCCGCCUCAAGACAAAGAAAGGCAAAGAAACAAAGGAAAUUAAAUAAAAAUGAGUUGAGAAUUGCACUGCUGGGCUGGGUUAUGGCUGGGAAAAGUUCAGCUGCAAAUACCAUCCUGAAUACAGAUGAGUUUGUGACAGGAAGAAGAACCAUGAAAUGUAAGGGAGCAUCUGGUGAAGUCUCUGGAAGGAAGGUCACCGUGUUGGACACACCCAGCUGGUGGAAGUUCCUUCCAAGCCACUGCACUCCAGAGUGGGUCAAGUCUGAAAUUUUACAGGAGGUGACUAAGAGUCCUGAACUCCCUCAUGCAAUUCUUCUGGUGAUUCCUGGAGACACAUCAUUCAAGGAGAGACAAAGGAAGAUUAUUGUGGAGAACAUGGAGAUGUUUGGAGAAAAUGUCUGGAGACACAUUAUAGUGCUCUUCACUUGGAGCGAUGCACUUGGAGAUAUGCCCAUAGAACGGCACAUUGAGAGUGAGGGCAAAGCCCUGCAGUGGGUGGUGAAUAAAUGUGGAAACAGAUAUCACACAUUUGACAACAUGAAUAAGAGAAAUCGCAGUCAAGUCACAGAGCUGCUGGAGAAGAUUGAGGAGAUGGUGGAGAGAAACAGUUCAUUUCAGUUCAGCACUGAGAUAGAGACUGAAGUUUAUGAUGCUGAUGAGGACAGUGACAAGGAGAUCGACAGCAAGACAGAUUUAUGUGGAGAUGAAACCAGUCUAAAGGACUUGGUCAGACUACUGGAUCAGGAGUGGAACAGAAGGGAUGAUGAAUUUCUGAAGAAGUUAGAAAAAAUAUGGAGAGAAAAUAUUCCCACUGAAAUCUUAAUAAGGAAAGGAAAUCAGAGCAUGGAUGAUGGACCCUAUUUAAAGAAACAGUGA